AUGAUAUCAAAUAGGGUAGUACAAAAUAGUAUGUGUACUUUAAAGCUUACUAACUGCAUUGUAGUUAAGUACAAUACAUGUUUAUAUCUAAUGUCAGUAUUGUCCUAGGUACCAUUACAAUAUUUUUGAUUUCAUAAUAGCAGAAUAUGCGCUGUUUGGCUUCAAGAAAAUACAAAUUAUAUUGUAAAAGCAAAAUGUAAAUUUAACAUAAAAGCCUCUAAUCUUAAGGAUCAGUACACACUACAGGAAAAUGAAUAUCAUGCGAAAACUGCGUGGUAGCAAUACUGCUCCUUCUGCAAGUAGUGAUAAUACUCAUCCAUUUGAAGAUGAUUCUAGUCAACAUACAGCACUUGGUUUAAUGCAUUUAAAGAAACUAUUUACAGAUUAUAUUCAUACAUCACACAUGCUUACUGAUAAAGAACGUAAUACUAAAUUAUAUACUAUGAUUCCUUUAUUUUGCAAGGUGUUUGGUAGAAGUCCUUGUGCAGAAAUUAUUGAAAAGUUUUGUGAUAUUAACAGUUGGUGUUCAGAAACAUCUGCCCUAAUGGUUGCAGAAAUUCGCCAUCGUGCAUCAAAUCAGUCAACAGAGACUGCUAGUAAAGCUAUUGCAAGCUUUUUAGAAAUUGAAAAUUGUGAAGAAUCUAGUAAUGGAUGGAUGCUUUUAUCUACAUUAAAUUUAUUAGCAGCUGCUAACCAGCCGUCUAUUAUUAAAAUAAUGGUAUCAGCUUCUCUGCCAUCAACAUUAGUCAAAUGUUUGUAUCUAUUUUUUGAUUUACCACCUCUUGAAAAUGAAGAUCAAAAAACUGAACAAAGUGAUUUUACUCCAAAAGAACGGCGAAUUUUGUUACAAAAAAUAUUUGUUCAAAUAUUGGUUAGAUUAUGUAGUAAUCCUUUGCCAGCUGAAGAACUCGCAGCUAAAGAUGAUUUAUCGUUAUUAUUUUCUGCUAUUACAAGCUCUUGUCCAACUUAUAACGCAACCUGGAGAAAGUCAUCAGCUGAAGUUUUAAUUACUAUUUCACAACAUGGACUUACACCUAAAGUGAUACAAUAUAUUCAUGGUAAAAAUUGUAUUGAAUUGUGUGUGGAUAAUUUAAGACAGAGUUCGGAUUUGAGUCCAUUAGAAAUUGUUGAUAUGUUUGUAACUGUUUCUUAUUUUUUAAAAGACUCAUCUGAUGUGGCUCAAGUGUUACUUGAUGAUUUCAACACAGCAAAUGGUUAUUCUUUUUUAUCUGAUUUUCUUUUAAGUUUAGAGAAUGACGAAAGCAACGAAGCUCAAGAAGCAAUGAGAAAUUUAGUUUUAAUUAUCGCAUCACUUUCAAUGAGUGGCUAUAGUGAAUUAAAACCGGAUCCAGAUAACACAGAUUCCAGGUUUCAACAUUUAGGAUUUACAAUACCACAACCUAAGGGACCAGGUCAAAGUGUCCGUAACAUAAGUGCAUUUAGUGUUCUUCAAAAUACAUUCAUUUGUUCAGAAUCUAGUGUACUUUGUUGUACGAUCCUUGAUGCUAUAUCAAAUGUGUAUCAUUCGGACAAUGCUAACUAUUUCAUACUGGGACCACAGAAUACAUUACCCCAGUUUGCUGAGCACAUCCAUUUGAAAAACCAGCUAAUACAAGAAAAUUUUUUUAAAUUGAUAGAAUUCAUUGUUUUUCAAUUGAAUUUUGUGCCUGUUAAAGAACUAGUGUCAAUGGCCCAAAUUUUAAAAACAUUUGGUUCUACAGAAUGUACUAAAAUCUGUUUGCAAACAUUACUAAAUAUUUUAAAACAUAAUAGUUCAUUUAAAGAUGUGUACAGAGAUGUUGGUAUACUAGAAGGACUUUCAAAUAAUUUAAGAAACUACACCCAAGAUUAUAUUUCUGACUGUGAAACAAAAGAUGAAAAACAUGAUAGUGAUUUGAAACGUGUUAUCAAUUUAACAUCAGAGUGCCUAGUUAACAUUAUAAUGUCUUCUCAAAAAAAUUGUAAAGUUUUUAAGGAAUGUGGAGGGGCCCAUGUAUUAUAUGUUAUUCUUGAAUAUACAUCUACUCGUCAAUAUGCUUUAGCAAUAUUACGAGAAAUGAUACUGAGUACUGGCGGGGAAGAAGAAAUUUCUUCUCUUUUGGGUAUUCUACACUCAAGAAAUAACUCGUGUAUACCGUUGAAAUCGAGUAUUUUGAAGUUAUUUUUAAACUGCAUGAAAGAGAGCCAUCGUACUAGAACAAUAUUUCGUAAGGUAGAUGGUUUUGUCUAUGCUAUAAGUGCAUUGGUAUCAAUGGAAGGAUGGUUUAUGGAUGAAAACCCAGUUGACCAAGAAGCUUUAAAAUUUGCUUUUACAAUUUUCAAUACAAUCACUAUUGCUAUGCGAUUCGAACCAGCAAAUGCUAAGUACUUCCAUCAAGAAAUUUGUUUAACAAGCUUAUGUGACACAUUGCGUUUACUUGGAUGUUUUUCUAAUGAAACUCAGUUGGAUGAUUAUAUUGAUGUUAUAACCACGUCAUUAGAAGAUAAUAUUUUUCAUAAUAUUUUCACAGGCAACAUAAGUAAUCCUGUAAUAACAGAUCAUGUUCCUAAGUUUUUAUCUUAUGCAUGUUUAAUGAUGCGAAUGCUUUAUGAUGUAGCACUUGAUUUAUAUGAUAAACCAAAUAUUACAACUAUUGUAUCAUUCAAGUCACCAGCUCAUAGGCGGUAUAGUGAGGUAGCAACAAAACCUUUAGAUUGUCAAAAUAAUAAUCGACGUGCAAUACAACUUAAUUUAGUUCCUUCAGCACCAGAACCAGUUAUAGUUCAUGCUGGUGUUAUUAUAGCUAUGUUACAACUAUUACCAUCAAUUUAUAAUCCAUCAGUACCUAAGCUAUCACUUACAUUACAAGUUUAUAUUGGUGAAGUAAUUCGAUCUCUUGUACGUGGGGAAAGAAAUCAACAACUAUUAUGUGAUGCUGGAUUUCCUACUACUGUACUUAAAGUAGGCCGCAUAGCUUUAUUGGAGGAAACACAUCCACUUCAUACAGUUUUUCAGUAUAUGCUUGAACGUUUGGCCAUUCAACUAUUAGAACCAAAAGAUUUAAGAGAAUUUUUGAGACUUGGAGAACCACUUUGUAGUGUACCACUUGAUUUAUUGGAUUGUUGGAUAAGUCAUGGCAGUAAAAAACCAGGUGGUACAGUUCCUCUUAGUCGAGUAAAAACUCUUGUUUCUAUGACAACCCCAAGAGAUCCUUGUAUGUUUACAUUACCACCAUUUUUUGAAAUGGAUUUAUCUUCUGAGGGGUUUGGAUGCUUAUUUUUACCCAGUAUAGCUCCUCAAUCACCAAUUAGUGGCCCUUCAGUUGUUAAUGUUGCUACACUCACUACACCUGAUAUGAAUGUAAUCGGUGGGAUUGGAACUGGUGAUCGCAUGUUUCCCCCACAGAGUGGGCUUAGUUACUCAGCAUGGUUAUGUGUAGAAAAGUUUUCAGAACCAAGAAUGGAUCCACAUCCUGUUCGUCUACUUACAUUAAUACGAAAUAUUCAAAACACAAGGGAUCACUUAGUUUGUUUGGCUAUAGUAUUAUCAGCUCGUGAUCGUGCACUUACUAUAUCCACUCAAGAGACUCCAAUAACAAUGACCAAUGCUGAUUGGGAACCCGAAGUCAUGGGUGAUUCAUGUGCCAGAAUAUGGUAUCCAGAUCUUGUACAAGAAGGUCAAUGGCAUCAUAUUGUGAUAGUCUUAAAUAGAGCCGUAUUAAAAAACUCAUCGUUUUCAUUGUACAUGGAUGGUCAGCAUAUCCAUACUCAGAAGUUGCAUUAUAUAUCUCAAAAUCCAGGAGGAGGAGCGGCUAACUUGACUAUUGCAUCAUCUGUCUAUGGUUACAUUGGGACACCUCCAAUUUGGCGAAAGUCUUCCAAGCUCACGUGGAAGCAAGGACCCUGUUGUUUAUUAGAAGAAGUAUUAAAUCCGCAUGCCAUAAAAAUUUUGUAUCAGCUGGGCCCUCACUAUUUUGGUAGCUUACAAGCACCAGAUAUUAAAGACUUGGAACAUGCUGGACCAUUAGUAUCUGAAGAAAAAAUUAUUUUUGGAUUGAAUGCAAGAGCAGUUUCUCAAUUAACGUUGGCAAAAAUACGUAAAAUAUAUAGCAGAGUGGAUAGCAAAUCAAUAGCUAAACAACUUGGGAUGUCAACUCAUGAAAAUGCAACUCCUAUCCGUAUUAUGCAUAACACUUCAGGCCAUUUAGCUGGUUCUGCUAGAAGUUUAGGUGGUGUCGUUUUAGGUUAUUUAGGGGUUCGCACAUUUUAUCCACGUCCAGUUUUGAAAUUAAUUGACAACAUUGGAGGUUGUUCUGUAUUAUUAGGACUUAUUGCUAUGGCAAGAGAUAUGGAAAGCUUAUAUGCUGCUGUAAAAGCUUUAAGUGGAGUUCUCCAGUUGAAUGCAACAGCUAAAAAAGAGAUGGAACGUAAACGUGGAUAUCAACUCUUAGCAUUAUGUUUGCGCAGACAUAAGCAUAAUUUGAAUGCUCACAUCUUACACAUCAUAUUAGAUUUAGUUAUAACAACACAAAAUGUAGAAGCUCCUAGUAUUCCAGAUCCAAUUGCAUUCAAUGAUUUGAUUUGUGAACUAAAUCUUUGGCAAGAAGUUCCAUCUGGACUUCUAAGAUCACUUCUUGAACAAUUGUUUGAGUUAGUGUCAGAUUCAAAUGAGAAAAAAAAUAAUUUAGUAAUUCUGAGAAACAUGGAAAUAGUACGUAAAAUGGUAAAUUUUUUACCAAUUGUUUAUAGUUCUUCACCUCCGUCUACUGUAGAAGUUCAUUUUUCCUUUCUUGGAGCACUUCUGGAAAAACAUCCUUUAACAGAUGAUUUAUUGUGCUUUGGCCAAUACAUAGUGUUUACUUUAAACACUGGCUUGAAUACUGAAACUAAUCUUGAAGUAAUACAAUUUGAAGACAAAUUUAAGACUAUGGAAAACUUUGCUGAUUUAACAAAUGAAGAAAAAACUAUAACUCUUAUCUUAUUAAGGAAUCGAUGUCUGCAGCUAAUGCAUUCUCUUUUAUUUACAAAUAAAAAUCUAGUAUGCACUGGAUUUUGUGAAGAUUUUGUACGUAUAUUAGGAUUUGAUUGGGUGCUACUUUUUAUGCAAUCUAAUAUACACAGUUCAUCAGUAAUAUGGGCUUAUAAAAUUCUUGCAACUUUGUGUUCUAUUCCAACAUUAAUAAUAAAAUUUAGAGAAGCGUCUAGUAAUGGAGGUUGGUUAUUUAAUACUGAAAUCAUACAAAAUAACCGUGCAAAUUUGAUGCUAAAUUAUCAACUUUCUCCUAGUAUUCAGAAAAGUAAUAAAGAGGUAUUUAAUAAAAUGGAAGCUUUAAAUAUUCCUGGCUUUCAGCACUUAUCUUGGUUUCUCAUACAUCAUACUGAACUUCCAGAACUUUAUUAUUUUUUAUUGGCUCUUAUGUUAGGACAGCCUAUUAAGAUAUUACCAAAAGAAAAAAAAUUAAAUUUGGAUGGUAUUUGGAAUUUUAUGUUUGGUGUACCUAUGAGCCAAUCACUUUCGGCAGUUAGUGAUCGUAUUAUAUUAUGCCCUGAAGCUGUUACUGCAAUAUUGUUUACUGUAAGAUUACUUUUAAAUCAAGAAAACAGAGAAAUGAAAUAUGCAUAUUGGUUGGAAGAUCAUCCUGUUACUAUAAUCCAAUUUCUUUUCUAUCUUUACCACAACCUUUCAGAUUGGAUGCCAGCAUUUAUGACUUCUGAAAUUUUACAUUCAUUAAGUGCAACACUUUUUCCAUUUUCAAAUCCAAAUUUAAGCGAGCCAACUACACCAAAUGAUGACUGUUUUGUCAAAACACCAGAAGGAUCACCAUCUUCAACAGCCAUAAAGGAACAACAGUCAUUAACUUUGCACCCAUCAAGGAAAUUUGUAAUUGACUUUUUAAGAGUUAUUGUUGUUGAUUCCUUAUUAUUACCAGUCAGUAGUAAAUCAUUACCUCCUUUAGAUUUAGUACUUGAUGCUUCUCCAGAAGGUGCUUCAUCUUCACAAGUAUCAAAGUAUCAAACCGAACUCUUAUCAACACUAAUGGAUCAUUUAUUAGCUGCUGAUAUAAUGAUUGGAGAACAAGCAGCAGUUUCUACAGUGCCUGGUGGUUGUACACAAAAUAUCCCUCAAAAUGUAUGCUACUUAACUUGUCGUGUUGUUGACAAACUUUGGCAGGGUGUUUUGAUAAAAGACGCACAUGAAGUAUUCGAUUUUAUAAUGAAAUUGAUUGUUCAAGCUAAACGACGACCGUGUUCUGUACCAAUGGAAGGAUUUUAUCACUGUCUCAAUAGAACAACAUUGUUUUUAUUGUCAAGAAAUACUGAUUCUAUUGCAUCACAAAUGCCUGUAUUAGAAGCUUUGCAUAAACUUACUACCCACAGAACUUUGGUAUUUGGUGCUGGAAACCAUGAACUGGAUUUUGUUGGUUGUCUCAUAUAUUGUUUACUACAGUUGACUUCUGAUAUGAAAAUAAUUCUGGAUACUAAUGCAAAAACAACUUGGCAUAUAAAUCCAAAUCAAGCAGAAGUUGAAGAACAAACAACCAAACAAGGACAAAAUUUAAUGGCAGUAGCAGCCAAACGAGUUUGGGAGGAAUUGUAUAUAUCCAAAAAACCAGCUAUUGAAGAAGUAUUUAAAAUUCCAUUGCCCAUGUCACCAAAUAAUAAAGCUCCAGAUUUACAUUCAGUCCGUGAGCUUAUUUAUGAAAUUGCUCAAAAACAUUGGUUGACUUAUAUAGAUAUGGAAAAAAAAUCAUUGUAUAAAAUGCCUUGGGAAUUACAGACACAAAUACAAUCGAAAAUACAAAAAGUCACUGGUGGUCUAACAAGAUUAGCAUCAAGGGGUAAAGUGCUUAAACGUGAUGAAAGUCGUUGGCAAAGUGGAAGUCUUUCUAGUAUUUCAACUCCUCUAUCUAGAAUUACAAAACAAGAAUGGUCUACAUGGGCUGGUCAUGGGUUAAAUGCAGUUUGUGAUCUUGUCUCUAUGCAAGUAGCCCGACAGAGUCAGCAUCAAUCUUUUACAUUGCGUUAUAUUUUGGAUCAGUGGUAUUUAGUAGAACAAGAACUAACAAGAGAACGGGGUCUGUGGGGACCAUUUACUCCUUGCAAAUUGGAUAAAUGGGUUUUAGACAUGACAGAAGGUCCGUGUAGAAUGCGUAAGAAAAUGGUAAAAAACCAACAGUUUUAUAUUCAUUAUCCAUAUCGACCAGAGCUAGAGUCAGGAGACAAUAAAGGACUAAAGUAUCGAGUAGCUACAAGUUAUGAUAGCAAGGAGUUUUGUCAAAAAUAUAAACUAACUACGCUUAUAGACAUGGAGAAUUUAGCACCACAAUUGAAUGAGAACGAUCAGCAAACCACACUGGAUCAAGAUAUUUUUGACAUUGAUAAGAACUUGGACGAUAAUGAUUUACCAUUUAAAGGACUCAAACGAGUUGUAAGACGAUCAACAUCUGAACCAGAUGAAGGGAUAGAUGACAAUGACAUAGAAACUGGAAAUGAGGAUCAGUCACCUCCUGACGACAAUCACACAAUAAUUCGACUUUUAGAACCAAAUGAAAAAAUAAGUCAUAUGUUCAGAUGUGCAAGAAUUCAAGGGUUAGAUACUUACGAAGGAAUGCUAUUAUUUGGCAAAGAACAUGUAUACAUUGUAGAUGGAUUUACUUUACUUAAAACUAGAGAAAUCAGAGAUAUUGAUACUCUCUUACCAAAUUCAUAUGAACCAUUAUUACCAAGCCCUGGAAAUGGUAGUCCAACUCGUGUUCGAACGAAAAAACAAAGUUCUAAGUUUUCUUAUGAUGACAUACGAGAAGUGCACAAACGAAGAUAUCUAUUACAACCAAUUGCAGUAGAACUGUUUUCUGCUGAUGGACGUAAUCAUUUAUUAGCUCUUCCUAGAAAACUGAGAAAUAAAGUUUUUAAUAGAUUUAUGGCAUAUUCAACAUCAAUAGCAGAUAAUGCUCAUCAAUCUGUUGCUGGACAAAAGAGAACAGCUAAUGUUGAACAAAGUACAAGUCUUCUUUCAAAUCUUAUGGGAGAAACAACAGUUACUCAAAGAUGGGUGAAAGGUGAAAUAUCAAAUUUUCAAUACUUGAUGCACUUGAAUACAUUGGCUGGCCGAAGUUAUAAUGAUCUCAUGCAAUAUCCAGUAUUUCCAUGGAUACUCAAUGACUAUGAGUCUGAUAAUCUAGAUUUUUCUAACCCAUUCAUUUUUAGAGACUUUUCUAAACCAAUGGGUGCUCAGUGCCCUCAAAGACUUGAGCAAUUUCUUAAAAGAUAUCGUGAAUGGGAUGAUCCACAUGGUGAAACUCCACCAUACCAUUACGGUACUCAUUAUUCAUCAGCAAUGAUAGUGUGCUCAUAUUUAGUUCGAAUGGAACCAUUUACUCAGCAUUUUCUCAGACUACAAGGUGGACAUUUUGAUUUAGCUGAUCGUAUGUUCAAUAGUGUUCGAGAAGCUUGGUUAUCAGCUUCCAAAACUAACAUGGCUGAUGUUAAAGAACUCAUACCAGAAUUUUUUUACCUUCCAGAAUUUUUCAUUAACUACAAUAACUUUGAUCUCGGAUGCAAACAAAAUGGAGUACAGUUGAAUGAUGUAGUGUUACCACCAUGGGCCAAAGAUGAUCCUCAUGAGUUUAUCAGAAUACACAGAGCAGCACUUGAAUCUGAAUAUGUUUCUCAGCACCUUCACGAAUGGAUUGAUUUAAUAUUUGGGUAUAAGCAAUCAGGCCAGCCCGCUGUACAAGCUUGCAACUUAUUUCAUCAUUUAUUUUAUGAAGGAAAUGUUGAUAUCUAUAGCAUUGACGAUCCAUUAAAAAAGAAUGCAACCAUUGGCUUUAUUAAUAAUUUUGGCCAGAUUCCUAAGCAACUUUUUAAAAAACCUCAUCCGAGCAAAAAACAACCAAACAACCGUUCAUCAAUGCUUGAUGCUGCCAAUCCUAUUUUAAGUUCAAGCACUAAUUUACCCAUUGGAGAUAAACUUUUCUUUUAUCACUUGGACAAUCUUAAACCUUCAUUACAGCCAAUUAAAGAACUUAAAGGCCCUGUUGGUCAAAUUCUUCAAGCAGAGAAAAAUAUAUUGGCUGUUGAGCAAAACAAAGCAUUAAUGCCACCAAGUUUUAAUAAAACAGUCACGUGGGGUUUUGCAGAUCAUAGUUUAAGAUUGGCUCAAUAUGAAACUGAUAAACCAAUUAUAAUUUGUGAAAUUUCAAGUCAGUCACCUGGUGAAAUCGUAACAUGUGUUUGCCCUACAGCCAAGACUGUUAUCACUGCUGGUACUAGUACUGUAUUAACUGUUUGGGAAUUAGAUUUGAAUGGAAAGUCUUUAAAAAUUGUUGAUAAUUUAUAUGGUCAUACUGAAGCAGUAACUUGUUUGGCUGCAAGUGAUACAUAUAAUAUUGUUGUUUCUGGUAGUAGAGAUUGUACCGCAAUAGUAUGGGACCUGUCAACAAAAGCAUUUGUUAGACAAUUGAAAAAACACAGUGCUCCAGUCGCAGCUAUUGCAAUUAACAAUUCUACAGGCCAAAUAGCUUCAUGUGCUGGAACUAUGCUUCAUGUUUACACUAUUAAUGGUGAAGAAUUAGCUAAUGUUGAUACAAGUGUAGGACGUGCUGAUCGAAUGCAGCAGAUAUUAUGUGUAGCUUUUUCACAAGCUCUUGAUUGGGAUCCACAAAAUGUUAUAAUUACAGGAUCAUCUGAUGGUGUAGUUAGGAUGUGGUCUAUGGAAUAUGUACAAGUUCCUAAAACUACCUUUGACUCGUUAUCAAAAGAAUUAUCAGCAUCCAAAGAAAGUAUUGGUGAUAAGAGUAAAGAUAUAAGAGAAAGAGGAAUUUUAAAAACGCGACCAAUUGGUGUGCAAAGACUUGUUAAGCAAAUGAGUGUAUCUUCAGAAACCAUUAAUGAACAAGGAUCUAUUAUAAAAAGUGGAUCUGAAAGUAGUUUAUCAGAACAAGAACCCAAAACUCCUAUAAAAAAAAUAGUAGAAAAAACUAUUUUUGCUAAUGAAAAUGAUUCAAAACCUCCAGUACCAGUAAUGAGGAAAAAAAAAGCAUUAAAACCAAAUCCACUACUCAGAAAAUCUGAAUGCAACCCAUCAAGUUCAUCUGAUGAACCUAAUGCACAGCAAAAUUCUUUACCAAUUAGUGACACUGCUUUAAGGUUAAGCAAGAGUGAGACUAAUCUCAUAGAAUCUUUUGUUAUUGUUGAUCAAGAUGAUACAAGUCAAAAAGCUAUUUCUGUCAGUCCAUUAUGUAGUCUCAGAGAGGGUUUUCAAUGGCAGCGCCAACUAGUAUUUCGCAGUAAAUUAACUAUGCAUACUGCAUAUGAUCGUAAAGACAACACAGAACCUGCUUCAAUAACUUGCAUUUCUAUUUCUAAAGAUCAUCGAACAGUAUAUAUUGGUGAUGCAAGAGGGAGAGUGUUUACGUGGAAUGUUGUAGAACAACCUGGCAAAGGUGUAGCAGAUCAUUGGCUUAAAGAUGAAGGUUCAGAACAAUGUAAUUUAUGUGAAGUUAAAUUUUCACUGUAUGAAAGACGACAUCAUUGCCGCAACUGUGGACAAUUAUUUUGCUCAAAAUGUAGCAAGUAUGAAUCUGAAAUAUCAAGAUUGCGAAUACUGAAACCCGUGCGAGUGUGCAAGCCAUGUCACACCUCAUUGCAGCCUGCCAAACACAGUUCCUAAUGAGUAAGUUGUAAUUUACAUAUAACCAAAAAAAACAUUACCUUUUGUAAAAAUGUUUAGCAUAAGUGCUGCGAUGUCAUUCCAACAAUUUAAAACAUUAUCUAAAAUGUUUUAACCCACCCAACUUCUAGUCUAUAUUAAUAUUUCAGCUUAAAAUAUUGUAUGAAAUAUAUUUAUUACUUAAGUGCAUUAUUAGUGUAGUUAUAAUUUAAUAAGUGUUACCUUGUUUUUAUCACAGCUUGACAAUAAUUUUAGUAUUAUAGUAAAAAUCAUUCAAAUUAGGUACUCUAAAAUAUAGAUACUCAAUUAGUCUAAUCCUUUAUAGUGAAUGUAUCAAAAGUUAAUCUUAUUGUAAAAUAGUAUAAUAAUCGUAAACUGAUUCUACCUUUUUUAAAUAACGUACCGGUUACGGGAAGUAUAUUUAUUUUUUUACAUAACAAUGUGUGUUGUGUGUAAUAAAUAAAAAAAAUUAUGUAAUUAAUUAACUAAACAAAAAGAUAUAAAUAACUGAUGUUUUGAAAUAUAUUUAAUUUCAGUGUAUACUUUUUUAUCCUAGUUUUUUAUUAUUUUUUGUACAUUGUAUUGUUAAAUCAUACACAAGUUCUUUUAUAGACUACCUAUAACAAUUUUUAUCAAUUGUUUUACUCAAAUUUUUUUUUUAAAUAGAAAAAUAUUUUACUUAUGAUGUACCUAUACAUGUCAACACACCCUCGAAACUAGUAUUAUGAAAUUUAUAAAAAUUGUAUGUGUUGCUUUUUUAUUUUUUUACCACUGUUCAUUUAAUAUUAAUGUUUUAUCAUUUUGAUUCAAUAUUAAUAACUUUAGUUUUUAUUAGUAAUAUAUUAUAUUAUUUACCCUUCAAGUAUUAAAUGUAAUAUUUUGUUGUAUUUAAUAUCAGAUUUUGUUAAUCUCUCUAAAGUCAUUUUACUAUUUCAAAUGUUAAAAUAUUGUUAUAGUAGUAUAUUACAUAGUAAGGUAAUAAAUAAUAGUGUGUGUACUCAGGUCAGAUUGGCAACCCUUUCCAUAAUUAAUAUAAAAUAAAUUGUUCUUGUUCACUACCAAAAUUAUAUCGGUUACAGUUCUUAGUUAUACAAAAUAAAUAUUUAUUUUAUGUUCAUUUUCAUGGGUGUCAUAUAAACAUCUACUCAGUAUUAUUAUUGAUAGGUUACUUACUUGUUUUGUGUUAAAGUUAACUAAUACAUCAAUUUAUGUACCAACAUCCAAAUGUUCAUUAUUUAUUUAUAA